AUGUGUCCACCAGAGGGCCGGGAAUCAUGCAGCUCCGAGUUCGACUAUCACUUCCACCUCUUCUUGACGGCAAUAAAGAGUUCGAUGAUGUAUGAAGAAAUGGAAGCAUUCCAGUUCAACAAAUCAAAUUUCAGCAAAGGCGGCAAUGACAGCGACAGCCCUCCUGCAUUUAUCAUUAGUCCCCAUUCAUUCUUGCAUGUAGUCCAACUUAUCAUCAUCUGCACCGGUCUUCCUUUGACUCUUAUUGUGAUUGUUGCAGUUUAUUUUCUGAUUCGAGAAGAACGCGUUGCUCCCAUCUACAUCAUCAAUCUUCAUAUUUCUGAUCUGAUUCAACUGUGUUGCAUGGUGUAUUGGAAGGAGAUUGGAGAGGAUCAGGUGAGCGAUUGCAUCUAUUUCUUUGGAGAGAUGGCCAGCGUUGGAUUCAUGGUCUGUAUCUCCAUGGAAAGGUAUUUGAUCAUCACCAAGCCACUGUGGUACAGAUGCAACCGGAACAUCAAGCCCGUGGUGGUGGUCUGUCUUGUGGUCUGGAUUGCGCCUUUAAUUUAUGUUAUCCCUCUUUAUUUUCAAGUAAAAUUUGAGCUAAGAGAAACAAUUUUUGCAAUCUUCCAUCUCAUCCCUCUCCCCUUGUUUAUUUUCUUUUUGGCUGGGACCAUCAAAGCGCUUUCUGCAGCUCGCAGCGUCCCUACUGAGGAAAAACAAAGAAUCAUAGCAAUUUUGGUCACAGUCCUGCUAAUUUACACACUGUUGUUCAUUCCCAAUGUCAUCUGGUGCCUGGUUGAAGAGGCGAGACAGAAUAUUUUUAAUAUUGUGUCGUUCAUGCUCCUUAAUAUAAGUCCUCUUGCUGACUUGACCCUGUACUUCUUCAUUAGGAAAGGCGCCAUUGAUAAGGUUUUGAAAUCACUCUGUUGUUGUAAAACAACAUUGUAUGAAGACACAAACAACACAAGUACUGAUAAUGUGUAGCUUUUAUUUAAUGAGCCAGUUUAGGCCUUAAACGGUGACAUGAAGGGGCUGUGUUUUACUCAACCGCAUUUCUUUCCUUCUUGAUUUCGGAACUAUACAAUUAUUGUUACCCUUACAUAAACUUGCACAUUUCUUGUACGUUGAACAAUAACAAUCCCUUUUUUCGUCAUUUUAAUUGUAUGUUGUAAUUUAAUUUGUCGUCUGUAGUUUAAUUUGUCGUCUGCAUUUAUUCCUUUCCUAGCAGACGUGUGUUAUACCUAGGAAGCACUCUGAUGUUAAGGGUUGUGCCUAAGGACCCUCUAACCACUAUAGGGCUGAUUAUCCUCCGGCAGCAGUGUGUCGCAGUGAGCUUGUGACAGAUAUUUUUGAUUUAUGCCCAAUUUUGAAGCAUGGUCUGCGCUAUGUU